UCUGGGGCGCUCCACAGUGGAGGUGCAUUUCUUUUUUUUUUAUUUUUAAAAUGAUCUCCUCACCCGGAAAGUGAUUCAUCUUCAAUCACCAGUCAAUUGGCAAAUACAGAUUAAAAAGAAUUUAAUAGGAUUGAUAAGAAAGUCAUUGGAAGUGAUAAAAAUAAACUACGAAGACUACGAAUGAGGCGAAUGAGGCUUAUCAAAAAAAAUAUCACUUGUUUGCAUGUUUUUGCCCACAAAUAGCUGCAACAAAGUAGAAUAUUUUCACAUUUUAUUCAUUAAAAAAGUGAAUUUCAUUUCUUUUGCAACCAGAAAUGUUAAGAAAUUUACUAUAAAAAUAUAAAUUGUGAUUCAUUUUGAAAAAUUUGUGUAAAAUAUUGGUGUAGUUAAAUGUGGAUGAGUGAGGCAAUGGAAAGAUUUUUUGGUUGACUUUACAAAGUGAAAGAAAAACGUCUCAAUUUUCUUAUACAAAUAAAAAGUGAAAGAAAAAUCAAACGAUGGCGUCGUGUGGAAUAAUUUGCGUCAAAUACUUGAUGUUCCUCUUCAAUCUGCUCUUUGCUCUCACGGGCUUGCUGAUUCUCACAGUUGGAGCCAUCGUUCAAUCAUCCUAUCAUCACUACUCGAAUUUUGUGGCAGAUGAAUCAGUCUCAGUGGCCCCGAUUCUUCUCAUAAUUGUCGGCUCGGUUGUCUUCAUUAUUGCCUUCUUCGGAUGCUGCGGUGCCCUCAAGGAGAACUCAUGCAUGGUUCUAACAUUCUCAGUUUUUCUCAUUGUUAUCUUCCUUCUGGAAUUUGGCAUUGGGAUCGCGGGGUACGUGAAGCACGGGCAGCUCGAAGAGAUCCUCGAGAAGGGCUUCAACUCAACACUCCACAACUACGACAAGAGCAUUGAUUCACAGCACGCAUGGCGCCUCAUUCAGAGCGAAUUGUCCUGCUGCGGUGUCCAAGGUCCGCGUGAUUGGGAGCAAGUUUUCCACAAUAACACCCUCCCGAAUUCCUGCUGCGUCCAGAUGCCCGCAAAUACCAACGAAUGCACCAUUGAGCACUCCCUACAGGAUGGGUGUAUGAAGAAGUUGCUGUCCCUCCUUCAAACUAAUGCCCUCAUCUUGGGUGGUGUUGGUAUUGGAAUUGCCGUCGUUCAGCUUUUGGCCGUCUGUUUCGCUUGCUGCUUGUCACGAGCAUUCAAACGAAACUACGAAGCUGUCUAAAACGUGGCGGUAAGAUGGACAAAUUACUAAAAAAAAUCCUUUCAUCACACCAAGGAUUCAUUAUCCAUGUAAGAAUAUAAAAAAAGAAAAUGAAAUUUUGAAAUCUCAAAGUUCCGGUGUAAAAGACGUUUUUUGGAAUAUUUAAUCUGGCGUUUCUUGCUCUUAAAAAUUUAAAAUUUUAUCCCAAAAUAAAUCUCCUUUUUUUAUUGGUGGGAAAAGAAUGAGAGCGAUAAGGAAAAAUAAAUUAAAUGUAUUAAGAAAUUGGGCUACAUUGAAAACUCAAAGGAUAUAUAUUUUGCAAAAUGUUAUAUAGACACAUAUUUAUAAACAAAAAUAAACUUUAUACGCAAACUUUUGAGCUAUAUUUAAGCUUAAAAUUUUCCUUUUUAUUAAUUUGCAUUGAAGAGCUCUUUUUGAGAUUUUCCUUUUUUAAAUUAGAACUGAUUUCCUGAGUUUUUUUAUUUUCUUUAAUGUAAGUUUUUUUGUGAAAUUUUGAGUGGCAAUUCUUAAUAAUUUAUUUGUGAUAAGGUCAGAUUUUAAGUGUAUAUUAGUCAAUUUAAUCUGCAUCAUAAUCUGGUAAUUGGGACCAUUUUUGCAAAGUGGGUUGGAAGACAACAUUUUUGAAGCCACAAAUGGAAGAAGAAAGUCGAGGCUCUCAUAGAAAGGCAAGAAAACCAAAACAGUCCAUUUUUAUUGAAAGAAAAAAAGAAACAAUUAAUUCUAGUUUUUAAGUAAUAAAUAAAGAUUAAGUUGGGCUCUUCAUUUAAUGUGAAAAAAAUACACAGAUUAUUAUAUUUCUAAAUUAAUGUAUAGUUCUAGUCGAUUUAAGGGUUCUAUCUCUCUUUAAUAUUUCACAAAGAAUUUAAUAAUUUUUCAAUUUUUAUUUACAAGAAAAACAGAAAAAAUGUGAAAUUUUUAAGUAUUUUCUCAGGGUGUUUUGUAGAAACAAGAAAAAAGCAUUUAAAAAUAAACGAGGGAAAAAUGAAAAUUUUUAAAUUUCUCUGAGAAAACUUUUUAGAAGUUUUUUUUACAAAAUGAUUUUUUAACAAGAACUUUUUAACUUCAAUUUAAACUAUUUAAAAAUUUAAAUUUCUACUGCAAAUGAGAUAAAAAAAGAAAAAUAAUCAAGCUUUUUGAAAUGAAGAAAACGAUAUUUGAUAUAAACUGAGGAAUAUUGUGCCUCUUUUGUAAGCAAAACAUUUUAUAGAUCUGGAGGUCAGAAGAGCAAUUUAUAUUGGUAUAAUCCUCACACGAUAUAUACAUUAUAUACAUAAAUAUAUUAGCUUUUACGUGUAAUUUAUAAUGAUAAAAAAUCCCCUCUGUAGCCUCAUACAAAAAAAAACUAAUUGAGGGGUUAAUUAAGCAGAAAAGAAACUCAUUUUAAUGAAAAAUAAAUCUGUCCAAGCAUUAAUGUUCAUUUUAAAGAAAAAUCUCUCAGUGUAUAGAAAUGUUUAAAGUUUUGCACUUUAGUUGUCGAAAUGUCCCAAAGAAACCCUUUGUGGUACUUUGGGAUGAUUCUCUCUUGCAAGAAGUUGCUGGAAAAAAGUUUUUUGAAUGGAAAAAUCGAUGAGAUAUUAUAUUAAAUUUAUCAUUUCAUCUCAACACUCAUGUUAAUCGUAAAACUUUGUAAUACGUGUAAAAUUUUAUAAGGAGCAUUUUUUUGGUGUAAAAAUUAUGUGUAAUAACUAUAUAUCUAUAUAAAAAUAAAAUAUUCCUACACACAA